UUGGCGCAGUAGCAGAAGGCAGCUUUUUUCUUCCCAGCUUUGUCAUGCCUACAUCUAGCUAACUUGUUGUGUCGUUUAGGUUUUGGAAUUUAAAGGAGCAACACAAUCAGCAUAUUCCUUAAACGACUUCGUUUCCCACGACAAGUUAAACAGAAAUGGCCCACCGUGUUGCGGCGGGUGAAUCCGCCGCUGGGUCGAAACGGACCUCACGGGUGCGUGUAGCCGUUCGGCUGCGACCCUACAUGGACAAGCAGGACGAGAAGGGCGAGGGUCCUUGUGUGCGGGCUUUGGAUGCCCGCAGACUAGAGAUCAUCAAUUGGAGGAAUGCCACCGAGACCCUGCAGUAUGAGUUUGACAUGUUCCACGGAGAGCAGAGCACCCAGAAGGAGGUGUUUGUGGAGUCUGUGAAGCCAGUCCUGCCACACAUCCUCAGUGGACAGAAUGCCAGUGUGUUUGCUUACGGACCCACAGGAGCAGGUAAGACCCAUACCAUGCUGGGCAGUCAGGAGCAGCCAGGUGUGAUCCCCAGGGCCGUGCGGGAGGUCUUCCACCUGGUCAGAGCCCAGGAGGCCAAGCAGGAUGGCUGGGAGUACGCCAUUACCAUGUCCUACCUGGAGAUCUACAACGAGAAGGUGCUGGACCUGCUGUGUCCGAGCACUCAGGACCUGCCCAUCCGGGAGGAUAAGGACCACAACAUCCUGAUCCCGGGCCUCACCUCCACGCCCCUCACCUCCUUCUCCGACUUUGACACCCACUUCAUCCCCGCCAGCCUCAACCGCACUACCGCCUCCACCAAACUCAACCAGCGCAGCAGCCGCAGUCAUGCCAUCCUCCUCAUCAAGGUGGUGCGUACGCGGCGCGGGCCCCCGCACCGGCAGCAGACAGGUAAGCUGUACCUGGUGGACCUGGCCGGCUCCGAGGACAACCGGCGCACGGGCAACCAGGGCAUCCGCCUGAAGGAGAGCGGCGCCAUCAACCUGUCGCUGUUCACGCUCAGCAAGGUGGUGGACGCGCUCAACGGGCCGGCGGGCACGCGGGUGCCCUACCGCGACGCCAAGCUCACGCGCCUGCUGCAGGACUCGCUGGGCGGCUCCGCCCACUCCGUCAUGGUGACCAACGUGGCGCCCGAGUACCGCUUCUACUUCGACACCUUCACCGCGCUCAACUUCGCCGCCAAGUCCAAGCAGAUCGUCAACCGGCCCUUCGUCCGCGAGACGCUCCUGCAGCCUACCAUAGCUGUGAGUAAGAGGCCCAGGGAUCAGGGCGGCAGCAGCUCCAGUGAGCCCCAGAACAAGAGGGCUCGAGAGGGAAAGGAGAGCAAGACGGAGCCGGACAGAGCACCAAGCACCAGCGCCCAGCCACCAAGCCCUCCUGAUGGCUCGGUGCUUGAGCGUCUGCUGGCGCUGGAGAAGAUGCUAAUGGGAACACCAGAGAAGCAGCGGCUACACCUCCUCAAGACCGUCGCCCAGUCACGCAAGGAGAUCGAGGAGCUGAAGGCCAAGCAGAAAGAGUUGGAGAGUAAAGCGGCUAAAGCGGACCGGAGCGAGGGCUCGGGGUCAGGUGACCAGAAGGGGGGCAGAGGCAGCGGGGGUCUCCGUGACGACUUGCUCUUCAAGACCAACGUGCCCCCCCUGCACAGAAAACCCUCAUGCGCCAGACCCAAGAGACAGCAAGCAGUGGUCCCCCCUCUACAGGUGUCACAGGUGCAGAUCCAACAGUGUGCAGUGGUGUGUAAACCAUCCCUCUCUCUCGACAAGAAGAAGAAAAAGGAGCUUUGUGAGAUCUCGGAGGGGAAGGAGAACGGUGGCGUGGACAUGUCGUGCGGUGUCGAGGUGGACACGGACUGGGAGUCUCGUCUGGACGCGUCUCUGCUGGAGCAGUCGCGUAAGAAGAUCCUGGCCACGCUCAACAGCGGCUCCCUGCGCGACCUCAAGGGCCUGCAGCUCAUCGGGGACAAGAAGGCCAAGCUCAUCCUGGGGUGGAGAGAGAUCAACGGACCCUUCACCCAGGUGGAGGACCUGAAGAAGAUCGAGGGCAUCACAGCCAAAAGGUUCUCCUCCUUUUUCACGGCCAAUAUUCUCAGCUCCAUCGGGAAAUGAUGACUUCUGCAGAAACAGUGUGUGUGUGUGUGUGUGUGUGUGUCUGAGUGAAUGCGUGUGUGAAUGCCUGCUUGUGUGUCUGCCCAUGAGUGAUUCUCCUGUUGCCCAAUUUUUUUUAAACCUUUUAAUUUUAUUUUAUCUUUGAAAAGUUAUUGUACAUUAUGUUUUUAUUAAAACUUGGCCUCUGCCUUGACA